GACGCGUUAUGUCAUUGUGUUUUCUGAUUGCAGAGCGACAUGAACAUUAUCGUCUUCGUUGCAAUUGUUUGCUGCUUUCUCCGCGUCCGAUCAUUAACUCCUAAAACUGGAGACUCUACAAACUCUGAAGAUCCAGAAGUUCAAGUCUGUCAACCGCUAAAGUCUUAUCUCAAACGAACUCAGAUGGUGCGUCUUGACAACGUGUCUGGCAUUGGCGGAAAAGGAGAGAAAGGAAGUCCAGGGGAAAAGGGUCCAAGAGGCCCCCAAGGCAUUCGAGGAUCAAAGGGAGAAAUCGGUAUCCAAGGUCCAGUAGGUCCUAGGGGUGAUCGUGGAUUACCCGGAGCAAAGGGAGAAGCCGGACCACAAGGUCGUCCCGGUCUAGAGAUGAGUGAAGAUGUGUUGAAACGCUAUUUUUCUCCAGUCAAGGGACUGGCAGAGAGGAUGAAAGAACUGGAGGAUUGGAAAGAAGAGUGGACAAAGAAUGAGAGUAGAGUGACUGUUGCAGCACAUCUUGUAGGAUCAGGCAGUUGGUAUACUAUAUCAGAUGCCAAUAGUGGCAAUUACAUUCAACCUUACAUUAGAGUUAAUGGCCAUCUUGUUUUACGCAUUCAAAGCUACCAUCGUUAUAGUGAAGCCAAAACCAAGCACGCUGGUCUACUGCAGCAGCUGAAAAAAGGUGAUAGCGUUGACAUAUAUGGUGGAAGAUAUCGACACUACAUGGGCUCUACUCAUUCAGUUUUUGGUAUUUUUAAAAUCGACUAG